CGGCCGGGCCUGGGAGCGGCGGCGGCGGCGGCGCCUCGGCCCCGGCGCCCUGGGGAGCCCCGCGCCCGGCGCGGAGGAAGCGGCGGCCGCGCGGGAGUCCCCAGCCGCGCGCGCCAUGUCGGCCGGGCCCCCCAAGGCCCUGGCGUCCACGGGGCCGCACUCCCUGCGCGACCUGCCGCACCCGCUGGCCGGCUCCAGCAGCGAGGAGGCCGUGGGCGGCGACGGCACCCCCAGCCCGGACCUGCCGACGACCCGCAGCUUCGGCGACAAGGACCUCAUCUUGCCCAAUGGCGGGACUCCAGCGGGUACUUCAAGUCCGGCUUCUUCGUCUUCUCUUCUCAACAGACUCCAGCUGGAUGAUGACCUCGAGGGCGAGACCAGAGAUCUCUUCGUCACGGUGGAUGACCCCAAGAAGCACGUCUGUACGAUGGAGACCUACAUCACCUAUCGGAUCACCACCAAAAGUACGCGGGUGGAGUUUGACCUCCCAGAAUACUCUGUUCGUCGAAGAUACCAGGAUUUCGACUGGCUGAGAAACAAGCUCGAAGAAUCCCAGCCCACUCAUCUCAUUCCCCCUCUUCCCGAGAAGUUUGUGGUGAAGGGUGUGGUGGACCGUUUCUCAGAAGAGUUCGUGGAGACCAGAAGAAAAGCUUUGGAUAAAUUCCUGAAGAGGAUCACAGACCACCCCGUGCUCUCCUUCAAUGAACACUUGCAUGUCUUCCUGACAGCCAAGGACCUGAAUGCCCACAAGAAGCAGGGGAUGGCGCUGCUGACGCGCGUCGGCGAGUCGGUCCGGCACGUCACCAGCAGCUACAAGCUGAGGAGUCGGCCCCUGGAGUUCGCAGCCAUCGGCGAGUACCUGGACACGUUUGCUCUCAAGCUGGGAACCAUCGAUCGCAUUGCCCAGCGGAUCAUCAAGGAAGAAAUAGAGUACCUCGUGGAGCUGAGAGAGUAUGGACCCGUGUACUCCACAUGGAGCGCCCUGGAGGGGGAACUGGCCAGACCCCUGGAGGGGGUGUCCGCAUGCAUCGGCAACUGCUCGACAGCCUUGGAAGAGCUGACAGACGACAUGACGGAGGACUUCCUGCCCGUGCUCAGGGAGUACAUCCUCUACUCGGACUCCAUGAAGAACGUACUGAAGAAGAGGGACCAAGUGCAAGCCGAGUACGAAGCCAAACUGGAAGCCGUGGCCCUGAGGAAGGAGGAUCGGCCCAAGGUGCCUGCAGACGUUGAGAAAUGCCAGGACCGGAUGGAGUGUUUCAACGCCGACCUGAAGGCCGACAUGGAGCGGUGGCAGAGCAACAAGCGCCAGGACUUCCGGCAGCUGCUCAUGGGGAUGGCGGACAAGAACAUCCAGUAUUAUGAGAAGUGCCUCAUGGCCUGGGAGUCCAUCAUUCCACUGCUGCAGGAGAAGCAAGAAGCCAAGUGACCUCCCACUCGGGACAGACACUCUUCGACCUGUGGUUCCAGAAUAUUUCUGCCGUGCCAGAGAGGUGACGCUGGGAAGACAACUACAGAAACAUCUCUCCUUGUGUGUGUGUGUGUGUGUGUGUGUGUGUGUGUGUGUGUGUCUGUCUGUCUGUCUGUCUGUCUCCCCCUUUUCCUUCACCUGUCACCUCUCCCCAGCGAGUGUUUUAUUGCCUCGGUGGAGUCUGUGAGGCUAAGUGUGAUCAUCUCUCGGCGAAAGACGGCAGACAUUCAUGUUGAGGCGGCGUCUGCUCUGUGAACACCUACCCAGACUUGACCUCCAGAGUCGGGACCAUCCGCGCAGACGUGUCGUCCUCUCCGCCCUGGAGUCCACGAAGAUGCCCAUCAGGGAGGAGAACCCAGCAAGGCAGGAACUGAGGCUGGCAGUUCGUGCUCACUCUGGAGGCGUGGGCUCUGCCCUGGAUCUCCACAGGAAAGGACAAGGCCCGGCCAGAAGGCAGUGCCGGGUGUUCGUCACAGGAAACCCUUCCCGGACCGAGGCCUGCUCCUGCCUGCGCUGCAUGGCCCUCCCCUGGGUUCGGUUCCACGGUUCCUGCGGAGUCAGCCUCGAACCCGUGUCUCUGUGCGUCCCGAUUGAGCCAGCCAGUGUCCUUGCUUGUCCCGGUAAUGCCCUCAGGAGACUGAAGGCGAGACAGCGUUCCCCAAACUUGUGUCUUGACUCGAGAAUGCAGUAGGAUGGAGCUGUGUUUGUGUAAAAGGAAAAGAAAAAAAAAGGUGCAUUUUUUUUUCUCUGUGAAGUUCUUCAGUGUUUUUCUUUUCUUUUUUUUUUUAUUUGCUUGUUCAGUGUCAUCUGGGCGGAGAUGAAGCCCAUGGUCUGUGGGCACAGGUCAUGCCCCACCUUUUGUGUCUGCUUUGUGCAACUUGCCUUGACCGCACCAAAAAUUCCUAGUUUGAUGUUUCCUCCAGUGUCCCUAGAAGGUUAGGGCGGCCUCUUGGGGAGAGGACGCCGUGUUG